UGUGGCUAACUGUGAAGCGCUUCGCACUCUCUUACAUGUAACGGAGAUACUUAAAUGAGUCGUGGGUGCAUUUUGUCGGGUUUUACAGGAGCGCGAUAACAAGGCGAGCGCUGUUCUGCAGGAAGUCAAGCUACAUCUGCGAAGUGCGCAUGCGCCCCAGCUCUCCUCAAUCUAGGGCUGCGUUUCUCUCCAUAAAACGAUGAACAAACUCCUGGAUAGCUGUAUUAUGAAAGCAGCCGCCCUCCGUAAUCUAGUGUGAUGGCGACCACCGAAGAGGUCACGGUGUCCAUGGCGGAGGUGGUGAUGGUGAAGGCCGAGGGCGAAGGAGACCCCGAUGACCCUAACAAGACUCAGGUCAUCCUGCAGCUCCAGCCAAUCACCACUGGGGACGAAUCUGCUGAAACCGAUGCAGCUGUCAUGACCGUUGAAGCACAUCCAGAACUAGCUGAUGCAGACGACGUUGAAAUUGGCUGUCCCAUAACGUGUGGUGACAGUAAAGCCGUGUUGCUGGUGAAGAAAUUCGUAUGCCCAGGAAUCAAUGUAAAAUGUGUGAAGUAUGAAAACCAGCUGAUCAGCCCGAAGCAGUUUGUGCACAUUUCUGGAAAAGCCACUCUGAAAGACUGGAAGAGGGCCAUCAGGAUGGGUGGAGUCAUGCUAAGAAAAAUGAUGGAUUCAGGUCAGCUGGACUUCUACCAGCACAGCACCCUGUGCACCAACACAUGUCGCAGCACCAAGUUUGACCUUCUAAUCAACAACACGCGGUUCCCCCCUGACGGCUCUGGACUGACCACGCCCACAUCCUCUCAAGCUCAGGUUGUCCUGGGUAACGGCGGAACAGUGGGCGAGGACAGAGCAGAGGUUCUCAGUGGGAAGAUGGACUGGAUUUCAAGCUCGCUGGAGGCUGCAGAGAAGAAGGAAUCGAAUGAGAUCUCAGAGGACACGCUGAACUUCUGGAAGGGCAUCGCUGAUGUGGGCUUGCUGGGUGAAGUGGUGACCAACAUCAGUACGGAGCUGGUGGAGCUGCUGAACGGCGUGCAGCAGCGCAGGGAGCCCGCCACCCUGCAGGACACAGAUUCCUGUCUGGUGGAGGUGGCGGUGCUCAGUAACCUCGCCCAAGUGUUCGGCCUGCUCGACUCGGUCAAGAACACGCUGGAGAAGAGGAGGCACCAGACGGAUCCCAGCCAGGAGCACGUCCUCAGCACGCUCACCAAGCUGGAGGUGCAGUUGGAAGAACAGAGGAAGCAGCAGCAUGUGCGAGCUCUCUUUUCCUGCCCGCAGCCGGCCAAAAACAAAACUCCCACCAAGCGCCAGACCAAACGACCUCGCCUCCAGAGGCCCACCUCCACGACGACCCUCCUGACCUCCCCCAUCAAUCAACAGGCUGCCAUGCAGCCCCAGCAGUACACCGUUCUCUCCCCCAUCUCGCUGUCCUCCGUGGGUCAGCCGUUUACCAUGGCGGGCCUGCCCAUCACCUCCCUGGGCCAGUCGUCCAACACGGUCACCCUGCUCCCCGCCGGCUCGCAGCUCUUCACCCGCUACAUGGUGACCGGAGACGGAAAGGCGGACACCAUCACCUUGCACCCGUCCUCGGGCCUCACGCUGGUGGGCACCACCAUGCAAGACUCUAGCCAGUUGGGCACGGUGAUUAGCCCCGUAGAGCUGCUGCACCUGAGCCAGCAGGCCGGCGGCGCAGAGAUGGUGCCCUUAGAAGGGCAGGUGGUGGACGGCACCAUGCUGGUGCAGCAGGAGGUGAUGCAGGAGGUGGAGGCCGGCCAGGAGCACACGGUCAUCGAGAUCAACCCGGCUCCGAUGGAGCAGGCGGUAGGGGUGAUGGAUCUGCAGCUGACCGGGGAGUCGGGCGGAGAUGGGGACACCGUGAUGGUCCAGAGCGAGAUGGAGGUGACGGUGGGCGCAGGGGGGGAGGAGACGCAGUGCCAAAUGCAGGAGGCGCAGACUGAGGGGGUUCAUGGGCUGCAGCUGGACGCCAGUGGACAGUUGUCAGGUGUACAGAUAGUGGUGCUAGAAGAAAACACUCAGGAAGAAAACAAGGUCCAAUGAGACACGCCUCCUAUUUUAUCCAACUGAGCAGGAAUGGACUCGUACUGAGCUCUCACAGACUUGUGAAUCUGUAAAUACACAGAAUUUCCAAAUCCACAAUUUGCCUUGGCCUAAGACCAAGCUUUAAGGGUAGCCAUUUCUCCUUUUUUUUUGGUAUGUGUGUGUGUGCGUGCGUGUGUUUGUGUGUGUGUGUGUGUGUGUGUGUACAUGCUCCUCUCAAUUUUUUUUAUUGAAACAAAGAGGAAUCACAACAAAGAACAUACUGUAUACUUCUGUUUUGAUAUGUAUUUAAAGUAUGAUUCUGGUUUCUUACAACUCUGGUCAAAUAUUUGUAAUUUUGGCUGUAAUUUCUAGCUGUAACAAUAAUGUUGUGCUCACCCAAGUCUGACAUGUGGGGAAUGUGUCAGUAUUUCUAAACAGGAGAGAGGUAGAGCAAACACGAGAAUUGGACAUGUUUUUAACAAAUCUCCAGGUUGGCUAAACCUUAUUUGAUUUGUGGGUGUUGUGCUCAUAUGACUGUUUAGACUAGUCUAGUAGCUAGUUUACCAACGAGAUAACAGAAAAUAAACACACAAAAAACAAAUCAUCGAGAGCUUAAAGAGGUGUGCAGUUUUCUCGGCCCUGAUGUUCUAACCUUAAUUUUGGUCUCACGUUUGUUGUCAAUAUACAAAAAAAAAAAAACACAUCUCCGAGCCCAAAAAAA